GAGAGAGAACGGAGUGCGAUAAACGAGAGAGGGGAACGCGGAAACAGCAGGAGCGGUCCGCGAGAGAGGUGCAGCGACCGGGUGACAGCUUAACACUCGAACCCAAAUACUGGGUGCAUUUGUUUGUUUUUCGUGAAAUUGUCGGAUCAGAGGCUUUUAUAGGGACAAGGGGAUUUUUCUUCUGUGUAGAGAGUAUCAUUCGGGAUUCAGAAUGUCGGGGAGCAGGGAGGAGGAGCGGCGGAAACUAGCCGAUAUCAUUAACCACUGGAACGCCAACCGGCUCGACCUGUUCGAGAUCAGCCAACCCACCGAGGAUUUGGAGUUCCACGGUGUGAUGCGUUUCUACUUCCAGGACCGCGUGGCGGGGAACUUUGCCACCAAGUGUAUCCGGGUGUCCUCCACGGCCACCACUCAAGACGUCAUCGAGACGCUGGCCGAGAAGUUCCGGCCCGACAUGAGGAUGCUCUCCUCGCCCAAAUAUUCCCUCUACGAGGUCCACGUCAGCGGGGAACGGAAGCUGGACCUGGAUGAGAAGCCCCUGGUGGUGCAGCUCAACUGGAACAAAGACGACCGCGAGGGACGCUUCGUCCUCAAGAACGAGAACGACAUCAUCCCCAAGAAGGUGCAGAGCAACGGGCCAGAGAAGGAGGGAGUGAUCCAGAACUUCAAACGGACACUAUCCAAGAAAGAGAAGAAGAGAGAGAAGAAGAGAGAGAAGGAGGCUCACAUUCCGGACGGAGAUGAGCAAGCACUGAACAGAGAAGAUGGAGAGAACUCCAGGCUGGCAGCAGAGGUGUACAAGGACAUGCCGGAGAACAGCUUCACCAGGACCAUUUCUAACCCUGAGGUGGUGAUGAAGAGGAGGAGGCAGCAGAAACUGGAGAAGAGGAUGCAGGAGUUCCGCAGCAGCGACGGCAGGCCAGACUCUGGGGGGACGUUGAGGAUCUAUGCAGACAGUCUAAAGCCCAACAUCCCUUAUAAGACCAUCCUGCUGUCCACGACAGACAUGGCAGACUUUGCUGUGGUGGAGGCCCUGGAGAAGUACGGCUUGGAGAAGGAGAACCCCCGGGAGUACUGCAUCGCCAGGCACACAGAUGACAAGUCUGGGAAGGAGAUCAUCCUGGACGAUACGGAGUGUCCUCUUCAGAUCUUCAGAGACUGGCCCAACGACAGAGGAGCCCUAGUGUUCCAGCUGAAGAAGAGACCUCCAGACUACGUGCCUAAGAAGGGCCGUAAGCCAGAGGACAAGGGCCUCAGAGGGAAGGGCAUGGACGGGCCCCUGUACGGGUCUCUACCCCCAGAGAAACUGCCUUACCUGGUGGAGCUCAGCCCAGGGAGGGGGAAUCACUAUGGCUACUACGCAUAUCGGCACCUCGAAGAUGGCUCAGACUCCAGGGAUAAACCAAAGCUCUACCGCCUGCAGUACAGUGUCACUGAGGUGGGCUCAGACAGUACAGACGAUGGCUCCAUCCAGCUGUUUGGUCCAGGUAUCCUGCCCCACCACUGCAACCUGAUGCACACAGAGGGUCUGGUGACGGUGACGCCACACAGUCUGGAGGCUGAAACCUACGUGGACGGCCAGCGUAUCACAGAGACCACCGUGCUGCGAAGCGGAGCCACACUGCAGUUCGGAGCCUCCCACGUCUUCAAGUUUGUGGACCCCAGCUACGACCACAGCAUGGGCAAAGGAGGGCCCGGACCAAUGAUAAGAGGCAGGCACAAGUCAGGGAGUGUUGCUGAGACGACCUUUGAACUGCAAGGGGACAUUCACAGUGGGACGGCCCUCCCCACCAGCAAGAGCUCAGGUAAGCUGGAUAUGGAGCGUUCAUCCAACGGCAGCGAGAGAGGCAUGGUCAAACCCAUGAUCCGCGGGGAGCAGCAGGACAGCAGGUCCCAGGACAUCCUGAGCCCAGAACUGACGCUGCCGGCCAGCAUUGAGUUCAGGGACAACUCCGAAGAUGCCUUUCUGUCGGCCAUCAUCAACUACACCAACAGCUCCACGGUGCACUUCAAGCUGUCCCCCACCUACGUGCUGUACAUGACCUGUCGCUAUGUCAUGUCCAGCCACUACCGGCCCGACAUCAGUCCCUCGGAACGCACUCACAAGGUCAUAGCCAUAGUCAACAAGAUGGUGAGCAUGAUGGAAGGAGUCAUCCAGGAGAUUCCUGAAGGGGACCAGAAGCAGAAGAACAUCGCGGGGGCCCUGGCCUUCUGGAUGGCCAAUGCCUCAGAGCUGCUCAACUUCAUCAAACAGGACAAGGACCUGUCGCGCAUCACACUGGAUGCCCAGGACGUGCUGGCACACCUUGUCCAGAUGGCCUUCAAGUACCUGGUCCAGUGUCUGCAGUCUGACCUUAAUAACUACAUGCCUGCCUUUCUGGAUGACCCAGAGGAACAGAACCCUCAGAGGCCCAAAAUAGAGGACGUUCUGCACACCCUGACGGGCGCCAUGUCGCUGCUGCGGCGUUGCCGUGUCAACGCGGCACUGACCAUCCAGCUGUUCUCCCAGCUCUUCCACUUCAUCAACAUGUGGCUGUUCAACAAGCUGGUGACGGAGGCCGACUCUGGACUGUGUUCACACUACUGGGGCGCCAUCCUCCGCCAGCAGCUCAGCCACAUCGAGGCCUGGGCAGAGAAACAGGGCCUGGAGCUGGCCGCCGACUGCCACCUCAGUCGGAUCGUACAGGCUACGACUCUCCUCACCAUGGACAAGUACUCCAUGCAGGAUGUGCAGAACAUCCACAACACCUGCUUCAAGCUGAACUCCCUGCAGCUCAACGCCCUCAUGACCAACUACCACUGUGCUCCCGAUGAGCCUUACAUCCCCCCCGACCUGAUAGACCACGUGGUUGCCGUGGCGGAGAACACGGCAGAUGAGCUGGCCCGUAGCGACGGCCGAGAGGUCCAGCUGGAGGAGGACCCCGACCUGCAGCUGCCCUUCCUACUGCCCGAGGACGGCUACUCCUGCGACGUCGUGCGCAACAUUCCCAAUGGAUUCCAGGAGUUCCUGGACCCCCUUUGUCAGAGAGGAUUCUGUCGACUAACCCCUCACCCGCGCUCCCCUGGGACCUGGACCAUCCACUUUGAAGGAGCCGACUGCGACAGCCACUUCUCUGCAGAAAACUCAGACGUGCAAAUGCGGAAGGAACCGGAAGUUGUGACGGUCACCCUGAAGAAGCACAAAGGCAUGGGCCUCAGCAUUGUGGCUGCCAAGGGUGCUGGACAGGACAAGCUUGGGAUCUACAUCAAGUCUGUUGUGAAGGGAGGUGCGGCUGAUGUGGACGGUCGUCUGGCUGCAGGGGACCAGCUGCUGAGUGUAGAUGGCCGCAGCCUGGUGGGCCUCUCCCAGGAGAGGGCUGCAGAGUUGAUGACGAGGACAGGCUCUGUGGUAACACUGGAGGUGGCCAAACAGGGAGCUAUCUUCCACGGCCUGGCCACACUCCUCAACCAGCCUUCUCCUAUGAUGCCCAGAGCGUUACAAGGAGGGCGUGACAAGAACGGUAAACUGAGACCAAAGAGUGAAGGCUUUGAACUGUACAAUAACUCAGUCCAGAACGGCUCUCCAGAGAGUCCCCAGGGCGACUGGCAGGCCUACCCAGAACCAAAGAAGAUGAGCGGGGAGGAGAGGCUACUGAAGAACCGGGCAGACCACCGCUCCAGCCCCAACGUGGCCAACCAGAGUCAGAGUCCAGGAGGGAAGGCCGUCUACCCAGGAGGACCUGGUACCAAGAUCACCUCCGUCUCCACGGGCAACCUGUGUGCUGAUGACGAGCCCUCUCCUCCUCGUCCGGAGGCCUACCCCAUCCCUACUCAGACCUACCCCAGGGAAUACUUCACCAUCCCAGCCUCCAAGUCUACAGACCGGAUGGGCCCGGCCGCGGGGCAGUUAUACGCUGACGACAGGGGUCCUCCUGGUUCCAUGGAAGACCACCACAACAACAGCAUGGCGAUGCAGCGGGUGGGCCACUCUCAGGAGGAGCUGUGUGACCUCCCGGGGGGCUACCCUCCAGCCGGCCUGCGUCCUGAGGACCUGGUCCACCUGCACCUGCACCAGCAGCAGCAGAGAGAGGCUGACUACCAGCGAGGCAGUGGGGAACACUGGGGCAACCACCACCAGGUCUCCUCCUCCGUGGAGUCCUCCACCUCCAGCCAGGAGCACCUCAACUACUCCUCCUCCAACAAGACCCAGAGCAACCAUAAGAGUGGCCCGGGACGCUGGAAGACCCCUGGCCCCGGUCCCAUCGCCCCGCACCCAGGCCCCGUGGCUCAGGCCACACGCACAGACCUCCCCCCUCCACCGCCCCCUCCCCCCGUACACUACCAGGACUUUGAGCCCCAGCUCGACAUGCCCCUGCCCCCCCCUCCCUCAGCCUCCCAGCAGCAGGCAGCAGCCGCCGCCGCCGACCGCAAGAAGCGCGAGGAGCAGCAGCGAUGGUAUGAGAAGGAGAAAGCCCGGUUAGAGGAGGAGAGGGAGAGGAAGAGGAGGGAACAGGAGAGGAAGCUGGGACAGGUCCGUAACCCAUCCGUGCCUGUAGCCCACAACAACCACCAACACGGGGGCACACUCCCCCCUCCCACACAGCACCAUCAGAUGCCCCCUCCCCAGUCCCCCAUGCCCAUGCAGCAGGUGCCCCAGCCCUACCUCCCCACCCAGGCCCAACAGCAGGCCCAGCAGCAGCAGCCCCCCAGGCCUGAGAAACUGUCCACCCUGCCCAGAGCAACCACCCUGCCCCCUCAGGGAAACCCCAUGGACACAGUGAUCAGAGAGCUGCUCCCCCAGCAGCAGCCCCGCACCAUCGAGCGCCGGGACCUGCAGUACAUCACCAUCAGCAAGGCGGAGCUGUCCUCUAGCGACAGCCUGUCCCCAGACCCCUGGAAGAGGGACGCCCGGGAGAAGCUGGAGAAACAGCAGCAGCUGCACAUUGUAGACCUGCUGGACAGGGAGAUCCAGGACCUGCAGGCCAAGCCGGAGCGUACGGCCGAGGAGAGCGACCGGCUCAGGAAGCUGAUGUUGGAGUGGCAGUUCCAGAAGAGACUGCAGGAGUCCAAGCAGAGUGAUGAGGAAGAUGAGGAGGAUGACGACGAGGACAUGGACACCAUGAUGAUCAUGCAGCGGCUGGAGGCAGAGAAGAGAGCAAGGUUGCAGGACGAGGAGCGGCGGCGGAAGCAGCAGCUGGAGGAGAUCCGUAAGCGCGAGGCGGAGGACCGGGCCAAACAGGAGGAGGAGAGACGCUGGAGAGAGGAGGACAGGGCCAGAAGAGAGGUGGAUGAGAAGAGGAGACAGGAGGAGGAAUACUACACACGCCUGGAGGAAGGGCGGCGCCGGCAGCACGAGGAGGCCGAGCGCAAGCUGCUGACGCCUGACGAGCCUGGUCUGUACAGACCUCCCCUCCCCAGGGACUACCAGCCUCAGCCCCCCCCUCCCACUGCAUCCCCCGCAACCACCGCCACUAACACUCCUCCACCCCCGCCUCAGAGAAACACCUCCUACCUCAAAACCCAGGUCGUCUCCCCUGACACCUUGUACACUGCCAAGUUUGUCUCAUACAAUGACGAGGAGGAGGACGCUACAGGCCUAGCAGGAUUUAAUUCGUACACUGGAAACACAACCGGGGUUGUAGGAUCAGGAGAAGUUUACAAGGACCUGCGAGAGAAGUGGACAAAAGGUGGUCAAGAACAGGAAAACACUUUAACUGGAGAAGCGCCAGAGAGUAUGACCUUCAAGGAGCGCCAGCGGCUCUUUUCCCAAGGGAAGGAAGUGUCCAACAAAGUCAAGGCCUCGCGAAAACUCAUGGAGCUGGAAAGUGAACUCAAUACAAAGUAGUAGACUGGCGCCUUAGCAAGACAGACCGCCAAGCCCCGACUCAGCAACGAGAAAGAGAGCCAGCUAUUGUUUCCCAGUGACUCUCCUUUUUUGUUUUUAUUUAAUAACUGGACCAUUACGUACGAUUUAAAUGUAUCAUUGCAAUAGGAGAGACAUUUGUUUGCUUAAUUUCCCUCUUAAACUAUCAAAGAUAUAUUAAAAUAAAGCACUGUAAAAACAUUUUAAUUAUACUAGUAAGACACAUUUGAAAUCACGUGAAGGGGGGAUAUAUUUUUGUUUGUAAGAUGAUUCUUGGGUUAGGGAUGAAAAGUUUUGCUCAUUUAAAAAAAAAAUGUAAUAGCUUACUGUAAUGUGGAAUAUUUUAUGGUGUUAUUUUAUGCUCUUUCUGCAUUACAUAUUUUCACAAUUUACAUUUCUCCUUGUUGAAAUAAAUGCCCAGGCUUUCCAUACCAGACCAAUCGUUUUAGUUAAACUUCUUCCUAUACUGAGUGCAGUGGAGGCUACUGAGGGGAUGACGGCUCAUAAUACAUGGCUGGAACGGCGCAAAUGGAAUGGCAUCAAACACAUGGAAACCAUGUGUUUGAUGUAUUUGAUACCAUUCCACUAAUUCCGCUCCAGCCAUUACCAUGAUCCCGUCCUCCCCAAUUAAGGUGCCACCAACCUCCUGUGACUCUGUGAUUCAAAUGGAGUAAUGUUGUCCAUUCUGGUUUGCGAUACACUGUUCUUCAUUCCUUAGAAUGUGGGUUUAGUUUUGCUCCAGAUAUUACUGGAAGAUGCCAUGUCUUCACAUGACUUCCACAUAUAUAAACUGGUUUACUGGGUCCUACUGGGGGUCCACCUGAGUGCACACCCACACUGUAAAUAUCCCUCUCGUUCCAAACAUAACUUACACUUCUUAAUAGUAGCAACUGUCAUUUGGUGUUUAUCUUCAGAAAUGGACGGUUCAGACUUUAUAGAAGUGUGACGUAGGAAAUUGAGACGACUCCUUCCUACCUUUUGGUUCUCACUGUCAAUGGGGGUGUUAUCAGUUGAACAGUUUGUUUUCUAUUCCCCCCACUUUUUAGUAUCGAUUUUCUUUGUUUGAAUUGAAUAGUAAUUUGCAGAGUUGUGAAAUUUGACCAGUUGUAUACAUUACCAGUAUGAGGGAAAUUACUUCAAUUUCAGUUCAAAUAAAAAUGAAAAAGUAAGAACCUUGUUUGCAUAGCAGGUAUUUAUUUGAACCUUAUGUACUUGCACAGAUUUUGUUUAUUUAAAAUGUUUGAGCAUUCUGUUAAAUCUAUAAAACAUGGAAUACAUUUGGACCUAUAGGCUACUGUAGGUAAAUAUUAUUUGAAGUAUUUGGGCAGUAUGCUAUUUACAUGAAGUAAAUCUCUCCAGUCUUAAACCCCUACAUCUCUUCAUUCACAGCUUUUUGAGUGACUCCAUCUUGUGUAAAUAUAUUAUUAUUUUUUUUCAGGAGAACAUGGACCAGAUUUGACUGUUAACUUUAAUUAUGCAUAAAGUAACAGUGGCAAUAUUCUGUUUCAGCUUUGAAGAUGUUAACUGUAUACAACUUCAUUCAUGUUUUUCAUUUUAGGUUUCACAUUUUAAUCAUUUAAAUUGUUUAAUUUUAGCCUUUUGUAAAUCAUGAAUAAAUACAGAAUUUUACAAAAUGCUG